AUGGUUGAUAGUGUGAGAAAAAGGAAGAGAGAGAUGUAUUCUUCUUUUGCGAUGAUUGAUAGGCACAAUACAAGAUUUUCAUCGAUGAAAAGGAAGAGAGAUUAUGAGAAUUGUAUCGUUUGCUUUGACGGUGACAACUUCUUGUUGUGUGACCGUAGGGGAUGCCCAAAUCCUUACCAUCCUUCAUGCGUGCUUAAGGAAGCCUUAUGUCAAACAGAAGAAAAAUUGAAUGCUAGUACAGGAGAAGACAUAAUCAGUACUUUACCGGAUUCACUUAUUUAUCACAUUCUUUCUUUUCUUCCAACGAAAGAUGCUGCCGUCACCGUUGUCCUCUCAAAGAGGUGGAGACCAUUAUGGCUCUCACAACUUAUUCUCGACUUUGAUUGUAAACAAUUUUCAGAUUGUUUCGCCUUUUGCAACUUUCUCUACUCAGUCAUGAUCAGGCGAGAUUCCACUCUACCUAUCCGCUCGUUACACCUUAAAUGUUUCAGCUACGGCAGCAAUAUCAACAAUUUUAUUUAUGAGACAGUUUAUGAUGCGGUUAUGCGAGGAGUUGAGAAUCUCAACUUAUACGCUAGAAUCACAUUACCUUCUCUCAUUCUAAGUAUCAAAACAUUGUCGGUCCUUAAAUUGAAAGGGCUAACAUUGAAAGAUGUUGCAUAUGUUCAUCUCCCAUCGCUCAAAGUCCUUCACUUGAAUUACGUCACUUUCACACAUUAUGAUUAUAUCUUGAAGCUUUUAUCUGGAUGUCCUAUUCUAAAGGAGUUGGGGACAGAAGAAUUGCGAGUAGAGUUGCCUUAUUCAAAUAUACCCGUUAAAAGUUUAUCCAAUUUAGCUAUAGCAAAUAUCUCUAGUGAUCAUAUUGAAUUUGAUUGGAUUCAAAACGUAGAGCGUCUGCGCGCAACAAUGCUUAUAAAGAAGUUGUCCUAUACACUUGACCGCAUUGCGACGUUUCACAAUUUAACUCACUUGGAGCUUAUCGUCAAUCCUCCACACUUUCAACUGAAGUGGAAGUUCGAGUGUGUGAUAAAGUUGCUAGAAUAUUGUCCCAAACUUAAAGUCCUUAUCAUGGAAGAGGAUACGUGGCUCAACAAAAUAUAUGAGGAAGAUUGGGAGGAACCACAAACUAUUCCAAAAUGCAUUUUAUCUCAUCUAACAAAAUGCGUACUUAGGAAUUUCAAAGGCAUUAAUUGUGAGGUUCACUUUGCAAAAUAUAUUUUGCAGAAUUCUAGAGCACUGCGGUUCAUGACAAUUCAGAGUUCUAUGGAUACAGAUGUUAGGCUUAUGGAUACAGAUGUUAGGCUUAAAAUUUUAAAAGAAUUAUCUUUGUGUUCUAAGAAUUCAGCAGCAUGCAAACUCUUAUUUAUUUGA